UAGGUGGAGGGCCUCCAAAGUACACCAGAACAAACUCAGAGCCGGUGUGUCAUGUCAUGAGCACACAUCGCCAUCAAGUCAAACCAUAUCCGUAUAUUCUAAGCCCCCCUCGUCCAUCAUGUCUGCUCCUAUAAAUCCUGGCCCUCCCGCGCAUACCAUACCCUCCAUCACCCAAACCAACUCAACUCACUCAUCCAUCGACACACAGCGCAACUACGCAAGGCAACACAACACAGGCUGCACACGCUUAGAGAAAUAAGAGAAACAUAAGAGGGAGAGAGAGAGAUGGGGAGGGCACCCUGCUGCGACAAGGCGACGGUGAAGAGGGGGCCAUGGUCACCAGAGGAGGAUGCUAUGCUCAAGACCUACAUUGAGGAGCGCGGCACCGGGAACAACUGGAUUGCAUUGCCGCACAAGAUUGGGCUGAAGAGAUGUGGCAAGAGCUGCAGGCUGAGGUGGCUCAAUUAUCUGAGGCCCAACAUAAAGCAUGGGGACUUCACCCCGGAGGAGGACAGCACCAUCUGCAAACUGUACAUUAGCAUAGGAAGCAGGUGGUCAAUCAUAGCCGCGCAGCUGCCAGGGAGGACCGACAACGACGUCAAGAACUACUGGAACACCAAGCUCAAGAAGAAGCUCCUCGGUGGCCGGCGCAAGGACAGCCGCGGCACGCACCACCGCCAGGGUCCCGGCGCCGCUAACGAGCUAGACGGUGCCAACGACGGCGAGCGGCCACUGAGCGCGUCGGCGAUGGAGAGGAUCCAACUCUGUAUGCAACUGCAGGAAAUGCAGAACCCCAUUGGCGUCAGCCACCACAACCCCCUGCAACUGUGGCAGCCUAAACUCACAUGUCAGGUGGCCGCCACUCACAGCAACAACAGCAACAGCAGCGAUAGCAGCUUCAAUGUAACAGUGGCUGAGCAGGGACAGUCCAGCUCCCUGAACGAUCAGCACCUCAGCGGGCAGCAGCUGGCCUCGCCGUCCAGCGUCGAGAACUCGAACGUCGUCACCAUCGAGGCCGAGCUUCAGGAGCUUCUCUACAGCGCGACGACGACCGACAGCGUCGUCACCACGCAGCAAGGGGAGGUGGACUGGUGGAGCUAUGAUCAGCAGGGCAAGUCCCCGGUGAAUUGCUGGGACUUCACCCCUGAAACCAGCUCGGUGUACCAGGACUACACGUCUGUGGUGUAUGACAUGUGAAGUGUGAAGAGGUUGUGAAGGUAAAGACUAGGGAAUAGGGAUUGUGUAGGCUCGGUUCUUGUAAGAAUCUACAAAAAAAACUGUAAGGAACUUAUUGUAAGAAAUCAGUAGUAAGCUGUAAGGCAUAAUAAAGGUAUGUAAGAAUACCAGGUCCGAACAAAUUAAUGUAACUCGGCACCAUUCUGUCUAGAAUGACUAAACUCUGACAUCAGUGAUCCCCUUGCUGAAGAUGAUGCU